AUGAAAUUUGUAGAACGUGGACUUUUUUGCUGUGAAAGUGUAUUUGCUCCACGAUUUCAAUUGAGCAACUUCGAUCAUCGUAUCGACUAUGUUCAUUUUGAAAAUCGAGCGUUUUACUUGUUGCUGCACCGACAUUUGCGAAAUCUUGUAGAUCGUCAUUGUUUCAAAACGGCCUUUCAUGUUGCCAGACUUAUAUAUCGUCUAGAUCCUGUAGCGGAUCCACUUGCCAUAAUGCUUACCAUCGACAUGAUUGCUUUGAAAGCGCGAGAGUACAAUUAUCUAAUUCAUCUAUAUGAUGCAUUGAAGAGCUCAAAAAAUUUGGAUAGACUUCCAAAUUUUGCAUACUCCGUCGCUCUUGCCCAUUUUUUUCUUUUUUGCGAAAAUGGAAAUGCUGAACAGAAAGAGAUGGCUGAUUUUAUGCUUGGUUCGGCAAUUCGGCAUUUCCCAACGGUGCUACUAAAACUUUUAGAUGCAAUGAAUGUACAACCUGAUUCAACAGUAGAAAAUAAUAAAUAUAUGAGUGCAUUAGCUUAUGAAAGAGAAAGUGAGGGAAUAAAGCUACUUACAUCAAUAUAUGUAAAGCUGGCGCCGUCGGUUUGGUUAGAGAACCCGUCGAUUCUUUCGUGGCUCGAAAAGGCCACAAGAGCUGCUGUAUCAUCAUUCAAACAUUCUAAGGAAGAGAUUGCUAGCUGGGAGAGAAUGAGGAAAACGUGUUACGUUGGAGUACCGCGGAACAUCGAACGACAUGCAUACUUAUGGGAAGUAACGAGAAAUGCGGAGUGGGUUCUAUCAGAUCCUGCGCCUCCCUAUAAUGGACGAAUGAUGUAUACGAGAGCGCCAAGUACACCACGGCCCGAUUCCUUUCUCUCAGGAUUGCUACAUUCCGUUUGGCCCAAUUAUGAUCAGGCUCAACACUUGAAUGCAAGUAUUGAAGAAGUACUAAACGCUUUACGUGGAAUGUUCGUUAGUGAAACGCCUGAUGCCGAUGGCAGGGAUUUAAAUGGCAGUAACCAGGAGGAACGUAAUCGGGAAAUUGUUAACGAAGUAGACGAUGAAGAGAUAGAGGCAGGAGAGAUGGAGCAGGAGCACGACGUAGCUGGUUAUGAUGAUGGUGGCCGAGCUGG